CAUCAGGGUGGUGGUGGUGGGCCCGGAGUCCAAUGGGCUCCGAGGAUGGUUCAGUGGGUCGACAUGUGGAUGACCGCACUAGACGAGGUGGUGCAGGAGGCCCGUGCACACGACGACGACGCUUUCAUAGCGUACCUUCGGUGGUUCUUACCGAGGACCAGGACGCAGGUCACGUAUGUUCUGAGGGAACCACCGAUGGAGAUCGCGUCAGUCACGCAGACGUACCUGCGUUCGAGAGAUGUCAACUUCGACUACGUGUAUGACGUUAUUGCUGAGGUAGCCACAGAGCUGACGUAUGGCAUCGACCACUACGACGACAUGACUGCUCAUCAGCACCACAUGCUGUACAGGAGGGCUCGGGACGCCUGCAGUAGGUUCAUGAGGGCCGUAAGCUGCUGUGGCGGUCACGGGGAUGUCGUAUUUCCACCACGGGCGUCCUACCCCCGUUCGUCCUCUCCAGCUCCUACUCAGCAGGUUGGUACGUCCUCUCAACCGCCUGUUCGUCCGCCACCGGCCGGGACGUCAUACGCCGCACCAGCACCACCACCGUCUUGGUAUGUCACACCUGGUCCGUCCACCGUUCUGCAGACCGUGGAUGGGUUUCGGAGGACUCCAUCGACGAGGGACAGAGGUCCAGUGCCCACGCUUGGAUUGAUGACCUUUUCCAAGUCGAGCCUGACGUGAUCGGUCGCUCCUAGUUGCCUGACGCCCUGAGGGUCCUCCACCAGGCGCAACCCAGUACUUCGUGACACCACCUACGGCGGCACCA